GAGCUUUUAAUACAUAGUUUGUCCAAACCGCUUAGUAAACCAGAAAAAAAAAAUUUCUAUAUAAUAAAAACCACUUGCGGAAAAUUUUGAAGACAAAAUGGCAUCGCACCUGAGAUCCUCCCUCCAGAGAGCUACCUUGUUUGCCAACAAACGGGCAUGCAUUGUGGCCAGCAUCAACAGCCAACCAAUGGCUCUGAGUCAUCAGCUGGCUCCGGCGUACAAUCAGCAGACAUCAGCGACCGAUCUGGCCGGCAAAAUUGACAAAAAUAUCGUCACUUCACCUCACAGCGAUUGCGAACUACACGGCUUGACUUUGGUGCAGAGAUAUUUCCAAAACGCAAGCAAAUACAGCAACAAAAUCGCUUUGGAAUGCGGAGUGACCGGACGCAAAUACACAUACGAGAUGCUGGGCCACCUCAUCCGAAAAUGCGGGAGUGCUUUGACACGAGCCGGAUACAAAAAAGGCGACGUGAUGGCGAUCAUUUCGCCCAACGUUCCCGAAUUCCCCGUCGCUCUCCUAGGAGCUGCCAGUGUCGGAAUGCCCGUCGCCCUUGUAAAUCCUACUUUUACUCCAGAGGAAAUUGCUCGCCAGUUGACAUCUGUUGGAGCCAGUGUUUUAUUUGGUGUCGCCCCAAUGGCCGAGAUGCUCCAAAAAGUGGCUCAGAUGUGCCCUUCAGUCCGCCAAGUGAUCUUACUCGGUCCUCCGCAGGAAGGAUUCGUCUGCUUUCAACAAAUGCUUCAGGAUUCCGGCGAUCUGUUCAACGAUAACGUAGAUAUCAACGUUCAAGAGGAUACGUUCAUACUUCCACAUUCCAGUGGUACCACUGGACUGCCUAAAAGCGUGAUGCUCACUCACGCCAAUGUAGGUGUCAACGUUUCACAAAAUAUUCAUCCAGGGACCUCCAAAAAUCAAAUGGCUACAGACGAACACCAAGAAAUCCACAUUUGCCUAUUGCCAUUCUUCCACUCUUACGGGGUUACUGGAAUAUUGAACAUCGGCUUCGAUUUAGGAGCAAAAUUGGUGACUCUGCCCCGCUUGGAUGUGCCGAGCUACCUGAAAGCUAUUGAAGAUCACAAACCAACAUUGUUGCAUAUCGUGCCGACUCUGGCCCAGCUGUUCAUCAAACAUCCGGCCCUCAAAAUGGAAAAUUUUGAACGGGUUCACACCCUUUUCAGCUCGGCAGCCCCGCUUGGAGCGCAAACAGCCAACAACCUUCUGGGGAAAUUCAACAAGCCCGACCUACUCGUUCAAGAAGGUUACGGACUUACGGAGAUGUCACCCGGGGCGAUGCAGACUCCGUUAAACAACGACCAUUUGGGUUCUUGCGGACGUCUCAUUUCGAGGACAAAAGCCAAAAUCGUCGACUUGGAGAGCGGCAAAACGCUCGGCCCUAAUCAACAAGGUGAACUUUACAUGACUGGUCCGCAAGUCAUGAAAGGAUAUUGGAACAACCCGCAAGCCACCAAGGAAAUGAUUGGCGAAGACGGAUGGCUCCGCUCUGGCGAUGUCGCCUACUACGACAAAGGCGGCAACUUCUACAUCGUCGAUCGCCUCAAGGAACUCAUCAAAGUCAAAGGAUUCCAGGUUGCUCCAGCUGAGCUUGAAGAUAUCCUUUCCGGGCAUCCGGCUGUAAUGGAAGCCGCCGUGAUUGGAAUCCCCGAUGAACACGCCGGAGAACUUCCUCGAGCCUACGUCGUCAGGAAACCAGGAAUGGAGUCGGUCAGCGACGCUGAAAUUCGGACAUACGUCGACUCCAAGGUCUCGUCCCACAAACAAAUUAAAGGCGGAAUCGAGUUCUGCGAUGCUCUGCCAAAAAACAACCUGGGCAAGGUUCUCCGACGUGAAUUGAGGAGUCAAUAUGCUCAAGCCAAGUAAAAAAAUGUUUUUUUUGUAAUAAUUCAAGUCAAGAGAAAAAUAUCUGAUUAAUUUGUCAUGCGCGCGUAAUAUUUUGUUGCUCAUUCUCCAUCUAUACAUUGUUAUUUCAUUUAUGUACUAUAGAUGUCACUAUAAUACCAAUGUCUGUAUUUUAUUUUCAAUAAUUAUUUCUAAUCUGCUAGAGAUUGAAUGCUUGUGAAUGUUUUGAUUUAAAAAAUGCUUACGAUCAUUUUACGACCGCGUAUCCUUUUAUUCGCUUCCCAUACCUUGAGCCAUGCUUUCUUAUUUUAUUUUUCUUCUUUUUCUUUUAUUUGGGACUUGUAUCUUAUCCGGCUUGUAUCAUUGGAUUUGAGUAUUUCAGUGGACACCAUGAAUCAAUAUACAAGCAACAACCGUCAAACCAAA